AUGUAUGGAUCCCAACAUUUAGCUGUCAUGUACCAUGCACAAAACAUCAUUACCAGUGACAUAGUCGCUGUUAAACUUGAACCCAUAAUUGACAGGUCAUCUUCUGUACAGCGUGGAGUUGGAAUUCCCUGUGCCCUUUGGUUCAGCAGAGAGUCGACAUAUCACACUUUAGUUCUUGACCUCCUCGGGUCAUUGCUGCACAGUCUUUUCCUUGCACAUAAUCACAAAUUCUCCCUUCACACUUUUGUCGACUUAGCGGACCAGUUGCUCUCAUGUCUUGAGUACAUCCACUCACACAAUUAUGUCCAUGGUGACAUCAAACCGCAGAAUGUUAUGGUGGGUCUCCAUGAUUUGAGGCACACUGCCUUUAUCAUCGAUUUUGGCAUCACAAAGGAAUACUGUGACACUUCAACCAGACUUUAUCCAGGUCAUUGUGAUGAUCUCGAGUCACUCACAUACAUGCUGAUCUAUUUCUUGCAUGGGUCUCUCCAAUGGUUAACCAGUGACCAUGAGAAGCUAUCUAGCUCUUCUAUGCUUGAGCACAAAGCAAACACUACCAUUGAAGUUCUAUGCCAUGGUAUUCCUGUUGAGUUUGUGACUUUGCUUAUCUACACAUGCUCUCUCGCAUUCUCAGAGGACCUGGACUAUGACCACCUUUGUUCAUUGAUUCAUGACUUGCUAGAUUUCAGCCAGUCCAGUGAUCCUGUCACAAUGGUCACAUGUUCCCCUCCGUUCUCCAGUGAAUGCUUGGUAGCUGAGGCAGUGACCCCAUGCCUGCUGAAGGUAAUGCCUCCUUGUAGAACUCAUAUGUGA